CUAAAAAAUCACUUUUGAGAAAUUUAACAUACAGCACCAACGUAUUGCGCAUGCGCAAACCACUCCGAGUGCGUCAGCGGUCAGCGUGUGGCAGGCAAAGCGAGCAGCUGUUCUGCAGUGGAGAAAAUACUUGUGCUGCUGGCUGCACUUUGUGCUGCUGCUGAUGAUGUCGCAUCUGAAAGCAGUAUGCAGCGAUCCAGGGGUUGUGCCAUUGCCGCAAUCAAGGAUGGACUUUUCGGAUAUUCAUACAGGAAGUUCUGGUGGAGAUGAUUGUGAUGAGAAAUGACUGGACUGUGUGCACUAGGUGUGAGACUUACAGACCACCUAGGGCACAUCAUUGUAGGAUUUGUAAAAGGUGCAUUAGGAGAAUGGAUCAUCAUUGUCCCUGGAUAAACAAUUGUGUUGGUGAAAGAAAUCAAAAAUAUUUCAUACCAUUUUUAGUGUAUGUCGGUACUCUAGCUUUAUACGCGAUAGCCUUAGUAAUCGUGUCUUGGGUAUUUGAUUAUCCACAGUGCAGCAAUGACAUUGCAAUAAAACAGAGUCGCAUUUUACACUGUGUGAUACUAGUUCUCGAAUCAUCAUUAUUUGGAAUGCUUGUAAUUGCAAUUCUAAUAUAUCAAUUCCAAGCUAUUCUUGAUGAUGAAACCGCUGUUGAACGUGUACAAGGAACUCACAAUCAUCAUAAGAAUACUCAUGCUUUUACUCUACUAGCUCAAGUCUGUGGCAAGAGCCAUCCUAUAUUCUGGCUGCUUCUUUGCCAUAAUCCUCCCCGUUAUUCUUGCAGGCGAGAUGAUCAUCUUAUAGACCAUCAAGUUUGAUUAAAUUAUCUAAUUUAAGUCAACAAAAAGAAAGUCUUUUAAAAAGAAAUUGUGAGUCAAGUUGAAAGUUGUAUAUUUAUUUAUCUGUUUUAGGUGGUUUUAGUUUUUAUAAUGAUUUGCUAUUGGAAUGAAUUCAAUUUAAACUCGAUUUAUCUUUUUUGUUCUUGUUCUAAAACAUAAAACAAAGUUUUUCUUUUCUAAAGACAAUAUUGACGAAACGUAAUAAAAUCUUGUGCCACUAUUUUUUUUAUAUUCUUACCAAAGGCAGUAUCAAGACAUAAAGAAUAAGAAAGUGUCAUAUAAACAAUUAUUAAAGUACAUUAAUUCGAGUACAAUUAAAAUAAUGUCACAAUGUUUCAAAAGCUGUGUUAUGUGUAUCAAUAGGAACUUCCAUGAUUAACAACAUAUUUUAUAUUAUAUCUUAGUCUUUGUAAUGUAUUUUAUAUUUUAAAUUAUGAUUGGAUUUGUUUGCAGUUUCUGUAUUAUACAUGUGUAUAUACACUUACUUGUUUAUGAUAGAUUGUAAUGCAACAAUUUUAUUCAUGAGAAUAUAUUUUAGUAUAUUAAAUAUCUUGAAAUCUUAAAUAUACAUAAGUGAAAUAUGAAAACAUGUAUUCUUUUAAUGCUGAUAUUCUAAUUUCUAAGAUAUUUCAACGUCAAGUUAAUAAAAGUUGUUGCUACAUAAACAAGUACAAGUCUUGAGAUUUUUUGGGACAUGGUUGAGUAUGUGCAAUUAAAUAGCGCAUCUCGACAAUACCCACAAGGAACAAAGAAAAAAAGUCAUGAGGUUUAAUUAAUGCAUCUAAACAAUUAAAAGUAAAAAAUUAAAAUUACAAUACUGAUAAACAAGCAAUCAUUUAGAAAAUAAUGAUACAAAAUCUAAUAAAAUUAUAGGUGUUAAACUACUGAAAGAGAAAUGUAACAACAUCAAAUCAAUAGUGCAGUAAGUGCAAUAAGUGAUGUAUUAGUAACAGUCUUGAAAUGUAUGCUCGAUAAAAUAAUUGUAGAAAAAACUUACUUGUAAGAUCUUCAAUAACAGACGCAAAGAAGCAUUCCAAAAAGAAACAAACUUUCUCCUGAUAUUCUUUUCUGUGUCCAUAUUUUGGAAAAACUGUGCUACUUACUCGCACUUGUUGGCAAUAAAGCAGAUAUGAUUCAUCUGAGGCGGAGGAAGGUGAAAUUAUGAAUAAAAUGUUAUAAUUCUUGAUGCAAGGAAAAAAGAACUAUUGUAUGCUUGUGAACACAUGUAAACAAACUUGAUUAUAUAUUAUACUUAUUUGUUUUGAAAAAUAUAAAUAUUCUAAAAUA